AUGAUUGAAGCAGCAGACGCAGCAACUUGGACAGCACUAGCUCGCUGCAUCGCGCUGCAGCAGCAGCAGCAGCAGCAGCGGCGGCGACAAAGCGACCCGCUGCUGGCUGAGGCGCCGCGGGGCGAGGGCGCGCGGCUGCUGUAUGGGCGCGAAGCAGCAGCAGGAACAGCAGCAGCAGCGCCGGUGCUGUCAGCAGCAGCAAUAGAACUCGCGCUGCUGCUGCCGCUGCAGCCCCGUGCUGCUUGGCUGCUGCCGCCCUGGGCCCCCCCCGAGGAAAUCCUUGUGGGGUCUUGUCUUCAUUUGCCUGCUGAUGCUGCUGCUUCAAGAUACCACAGUGUGUCUUUGCGGGAGUUGCUGCUGCUGCUGCUGCUGCAGGGGGUGCAGCAGACAUGCGGAGAGGGGGCGCCGCUAACGGCCGUGCCGUUCCCGCUGCUGCUGCUGGGCCUCGCCUUCAGCAGCAGCAGCAGCAGCGGCGGCGCAGCAGCAGCAGGCUUGUCUUCCUUCGGGGUGCUGCCGUCGUGCAGCGAGGCGCUGCUGCUGCCGGCAGCAGCAGAAGCAGCAGCAGCAGCGCUGCAGCCGCUGCAGCCGCUGCAGUGGGCGCCGCGGGCCCUGGAAAGAGGCAGCAGCCUUGUUGCUGCUGUUGUGGCCGUGGCGCAGCAGCCGCAGCAAGUCCCGCUGCUGCAGCAGGAGACAGGAGACCUGCCGCCGCAUGCAGCAGCAGCAGAUGGCAGCUUUUUGGGAGACGCAGAGCGGCAGCCCGGGCUGGCUGGGGUGUACACGCAGGUUUGCUGCGGCGUUGCUGCGCUGCAGCUGCUGCAGCUGCUGGCAGCACAUCCCCAAACAGCAAAUGCUGCGCUGCAUGCAGUGGGCAUUUUGUGGCCCGAGCGUUACCGCUUUCUCGAGCAGCAGCUGCUGCUGCGCUACCCCCUGGUCCCGCUGCUGCUGCGGCCCCCGCUGCUGCUGCUGCUGGCUGCAUGCACGCAGCUGUGCCGCCUGGACGUGCAGCACGCGGCGGCGCGCGCAGCCGCAGCAGCGAGCAGCAGCAGCAGCAGCGGCGGCGGCGGCGCUGCAGCAGUCUGGCAGCAGCAGCAGCAGCUCAAUGAACGGCAGCGCACGCAGCAGCUAGCUAGAGUUUGCUGCCUCCUCAUCAGUGCAGCAAGACAAGGCCAGAGGGACAUUUUGUCGGGGCUGCAGCGGCUGCUGUUUUUCUUCGUGGAAGCCAUAGACGCAGUCACCGAGGACCCGCAGCUGAGCUUCUUGCUGCAACAGCAGCAGCAGCAGCAGCAGCAGCAGCAGCGCGCCCAUGCUGCGCACUGCUGGGAGGCCGUCGACGGACUGGCCGGGAGACCGUCGGUAAAACUUGCAAGGAUGGAGAUGCGAAGGCUGUGUGGGGUGCUCCAGCGAGCGCCGAACGGGAGAGGCAGCAACAAUGUGUGGCUGCUGCUGAGCCCCGAGCUGUUCUUGACGCAUGUGCAGCGCAUUUUGCGCGCGGCGGGCAUUGCUGCGCCGCUGCCGCAGCAGCAGCAGCAGCAGCAGCUGUAUGCAGCAGCAGCAAGCCUGCUGUGGAUUGAGCUCUUCAGGACAACUUACCAGUCAUCGCUGCGCGCUGCGCUGUACUGCGCCUUGGGGGCUCUUCCGGAGUUAGCUGCUGCUUGCUUCGAGCUGCAGCAACAGCAGCAGCAGCAGGCGCUUUCCCCGCUGCAGCAGCAAGUGCUGCCGAGAGCAGCAGCAGCAGCAGCGGGAGCCCUCAGCAGCAGCAACUGCGGCCUUUUGGCGCAGCGCGCCGCAGAGGUCUUAGACUGCUACUUAACUAGUGAGCGCUUUUGCUGCUACAAGCUGCGGCAGAUCUACGGCUUGGUUGUGCUGCAGCACUUGCUGCUGCUGGCGUGGGGUGUACAGGCAGCUGAGAGCAGCAACGUGCAGUCCCGGGCCUUCCCGCUGCAGCAGACGCAGCUGCUCGUGCUGCUGCUUACAGAUGUGCCUCAUUUGCUGCCGCCAGCAGCACGGGCGCUGCUGUACGGCAGCUUGCAGCUGCUGCUGACGCUGCCUGCUGCAGACCCGCAGCAGCAGCAGCAGCAGCAGCAGCGCGAGGAAGGCGCAGCAGCAGCAGCUGCUGCCGCCAGCGCUGCAGCAAGCCCAAUCUGCACGGCACUCAUUCAAGAGCUGCAGGCGGAUUCAGACCGUUAUCUCACCUUGCUGUUGCUGCUGUUCUUUGACGCCAGUCAGCAGCAAAGCAGCAGCAGCAGCAGCAGUGUCCCCAGCUGGUGGGCUGAGCAGCAGCAGCAGCGGCCGUUCCUGCGGGGUGUACAGACAGCUGACGACCCCACAUGUGUUGAACUCUUCGGGAUUCGGUGCUGCCUUCCUCUUGCUGCUCUACGUCUGCUGCUGCUGCUGCUGCAGGGGGUGCUGCAGCAGCAGCAGCAGAAUGGCGGCGGCCCGUGGCAGUCGGGCCCUUUACUUCCGCGGGAGCUGCUGCUGCAGUCGAAGAGAAGCAACAGCAGCGAGCGCGCAGCAGCUCCUGCUGUUGCUGCAGUGGGUCAGCUGUUUUUGGUUCACCUCUCAGGUGUGCAGGCGCUGCAGCGGCAGCAGCAGCAGCAGCAGCAGCAAUCGUGGCAGCAGCAAAACAGCCUCGCCCGAGCCUCGUGUCAGUUGGCUUCCCUGCUCUGUCUAGAUCCCCACUUCGCUUGGGGCCUUCAGUCUCAGCGGCUCUGGCAGCAGCAGACAGCGCUGGAGCUGCUGCUGAGCUCCCCGUUGCUGCAGCAGCAGGCGCGCAUGCAGCCGGUGCUGCCACUGCUGCAGCAGCGAUGCUGGUCAGCUGCUGCUGCUGUGAGCUUCGGGAGAGUUGCUGUGCUGCUGCCUCCUUUGGGACUCUUGUCGGACAUUUUGAAAGUCAUAGAGAGCCUGCUAACUUGCUUUGCUGAGGGGCCAUCGGCGCAGCUGCUGCAGCAGCUGCUGCUGUGGAUGGAGCAGCAGGGGGACCUGCUGGAUGCCCCGCUGCAGGUGUGCGUUCAUUUGGCUGCACUGUGGCAGCAGCAGCAGCUGCUGCAGCGGACUUCCUCGGCCCUCGACUCUGAAGCAGCAGCAGCAGGAGAUGGACUGCAGCAGAAGCAGUCCUCUGGGGGAGACGCAGCGCCAGCGACUGCUGCCGGCACCGCAGCAACCCCUGCAGCAGCAGCAGCAGCAGCAGCAGAUGACCAAGCUGCUGCUGCUGCUGUCGCCCCUGUGGGCUUUAAAGGCGCAGCAGCAGAAAACCCCACGGAAGAUUUGCUGUUUGUUGCGCUGCUGAAGCUGCUUCGGGUGUACAGACACCUGCUGCAUGCAGUGAUAGAAGAGGCCCGGGCCAGGGCCCAGGCCCACCCGCUGCUGCAGCAGCAGCAGCAGCAGCCGCUGCUUUGCUUCCACACGGCGCGGCAAAUGCUGCUGAAGGCGCUGCUGCUGCUCACUGCAGUUACCCCGGACUGCAGCGUGGGGCCUGACGCCGUGCUGCUGCAGCGGGUGCAGCAGCAAGACCAGCAGCAGCAGCAGCAGUGGCAGCAGCAGCAAGCCGCUGCCCAAGCUGGCCUUUUGCUGCGCGCCCGCGCAUCCCAGCAGCAGCAGCAGCAGCAGCAAAUUGGAGGCGCUGCUGGUGCAGCUGGAAGGGAUAGCAAUGCGCUGCUGCUGCAGCUGCUGCUGCAGCGCACCCAGCGCCUCGAAGGCGGGCCACGUCCGCUGCAUGCAGGUGCAGCAGAGGGCUAUGCUGCUGCUGCUGCUGGCUGCGGCGUCUCGGGCAGCUGGGCUGCUUCAGGUGUUCGAGCAGCAGCAACCAGCAGCAAGCUCAUCUCUCUGUCUCCUUUGCUGCCGCAGCUGCUGCAGCAGCUGCCGUCCUUGCGGCUGCUGUGUCUCCUAGCUAGCCGCAGCAGAGUGGCGGAAGCGCCGCAGCAGCAAAACGGUGUGAACAGCAGCAGCAGCAGCAGCAGCAGCACCGGGGUGUACAUACAGCAGCACGAGCUCAGCAGCAUUGCCUUCUUUGCGGCCCGCCUCGAGGCAGUCGUGGGCGGAGAUGCUCCUGCUUAG